UUUGUACGUACUAGCCCACGUACAAAUUCGAAAAACUUUAGUUAGCGUUCUUUCGUCUCUGUGUAUUAACGUAUGCGUGUUUUGAUUGAUCCCAGUUUGUGAUGAAUUAAAUACGACGUACGACAUUACAAGUACCUACCGAUAUAUAUUGUAUAAAUGGGAGUUUCGUACGUACGCUGUCAACUGUACUGCGCGCGUAGUCGUCGAGUAGUUAUACUGUCUGCAUAAAUAUAUAAUUGAUUUAAACUUUAAAGUAAUUUGUUUAAAAAAGUUGUAGUUAUGGAACAGUGGAAAGGCAAAGUAGCAAUAGUAACUGGCGCCAGUGCAGGAAUUGGUGAGGCAAUCGUUGUCAAGUUGGUGGAAUACGGUGUACACGUUGUAGCGCUUGCUAGAGGAGAAGAAAAACUUAAGAAAUUAGCAGAAUCACUAAAUGGAAAAGGAAAUAAUCAAGGAACUGUUCAUACAAAAGUUUGUGACGUGACAAAUGAACAAGCCGUUAAAAAUGUAUUUUCUUGGGUUGAUUCUACACUAGGAGGUGUUAGUAUUUUAAUCAACAACGCCGGAACUGCAAUAAUAUCAAGUCUUCUAAACGGGAAACUGGAAGACUGGCAAGAAAUUAUGAAUUUAAAUGUGUUAGCAUUGAAUGUGUGCUCAAGGGAAGCUUAUCAAUCAAUGACAAAAAAUAAAAUCGAUGGUCAUAUUAUUCAAGUGAACAGUAUUGCAGGUCAUAAUAUAACUGCAUAUUUUGCCAUGAAAAUGUAUAAUGCUUCAAAAGUCGCGGUCAGCGUCUUAUGUGAGGGACUUCGUCACGAACUACAGUUAGCAGGGUCAAAAAUCAAAGUGUCGAGCAUAAGUCCGGGAGGAGUUGAAACAGACCUUUUAUUACGCCUUCUUGAACGCAGUAGAGAACCAGGUUCGGCGUAUCAAGUAAAGGAUCUAAACAUACUUAAAACUGAUGAUGUCGCUAACGCAGUUAUAACCACUUUGGCCACUCCGCCAACUGUACUUAUAGCUGAAUUGACCAUCAUAGCUAAUGGAUCAACAAUUCAAUCACAUUUUCAACCAUCGCCUGCAAUUGUGGAAAACAUAUUAAAUUCAUAAAAAUAUGUAUUUCAUAUUAAACACGACCACAUUUUCUUGUAUUAUGAUUGAUUAUAAAUUAUCGUAAUUAUUGUUAAAAAUUACUAUUACAAAUAAAACAGCAAUUCAAAAAAUAAAA